AUGGCACGCGUAACGAGCAGCAGUCACACAAAUUUGAAUGAACAGAUUCUUUCUAAAGAAAAUGGGACGUACUAUGACGUUAUAGGCGUUGAUAUCGGAGUCAGUCAAAGACAACUGAAAAUGUCAUACAAAGAGUUGAUCACCAAAUUGCACCCCGAUAAAAACUCAUCCCCGGGUGCCAAAGAGGCAUUUGCCCUCGUUCAUAAGGCAUACAAAACUUUGAGUAAUAAACAGAAGAGAGCUAUGUAUGACAAGUAUGGGAACGAUGCAUUCAGUCGCAAAACUGACGGGUCAGCUGAUAAACCAUUCAACUCGAGAGAUCCACAUGGUGCGGUGAUUGACAGUUUAAUAACGAGCACAGAGAACGGGAACAUGGCAGGUAACUUCAUCUCGUAUCAGAAUUCACAGCAUACAGCAAACAACGAGGAGAAACAACGAAUACAGACUUUUAUGGAAACAGCCAUCAAACUUCUUCCUUUGGUGGUAAUAUGUCUUCUUCCGGUACUUGAAAUUUUACUGUUUGAAUGA